AUGCACAAAAUUUACACCAGUCGGCUCAUCGACUGUACAACUUCCCUUUUCUCUCAUGCGCUACAAAGUGUUAUUGUAGUAGACACCAGACCCCCGGGCCUUCGACCCAACUACACGGAUGCGUCUAAGGUUGAGAAGUUUGAGCUUGCCCCAGAAAUAUAUGAAACCAAGACCGACUCUGUCCUGGCUUGGAAAAAAGCAAAGAAGCUCGGCCGAUUCGAUCCGGAUGCCCCAGCUGUACUAGCCGCACGGAUAGCCAAUCACGCUACUACACUUCACGAGCGUGGAAUUCAAGUUGGUAUGCGCUGCCGGGUUGGUGGAGAAGAUGAAAAGAGAGGGGAGGUCAUGUAUUGUGGGGAGGUAGAGGAAAUCGCGGCAAAAGACGAAAGUGGGAGAGGUGUAUGGUGUGGAAUAAAACUUGAUGAACCAGUCGGGAAAAAUGAUGGAAGUUUGGGGGGAAAGAGGUAUUGGGGAAACGCUGGAGAUGGAAAAUUUGGGGUCUUUGUUAGGCCGGAAAGAGUCGAAGUGGGAGAUUACCCUGUCCUUGAUGAUUUGAUGGAUGAGGACCUUGAUGAGAUUUAA